AUGCGUGGCUUUCCACCGCUGCUCUUUCUGCUGCUGUUGCUUCUCCCUCUGCGGGAGGUGAGGGGGGUGGACCAAAUACAGGUUCACUCCGUCGUUCCACCAAUUCUGCAAAACUACUGGGAAAGUGGUAUGCGUUUUUGGUCCUUCGGCCUCAGCACGGUCGUGACGGACAAGUAUAUCCGUCUUACGGGAAACGCACCCGGCGCCAAGGGAUACUUGUGGAAUCGACAUGCAAAUCACAUGGAUGCCUUUGAGCUCAACGUCACGCUGCAGAUGCGUGGGCGCCAAGUGCGUGGGCGUGGUGAGAGGCGUGACAGUGGCAUCGGUAUCUGGUACACCACCGCCAAAAAAGUCACUGGAGGCGCCGAUGCGGGGUUCUUUGGCUUUAGUAAACGUUUCUUUGGGCUGGGUGUAAUUUUGGGGCAUUCCGAUGAGAUUUCUCUCGUUCAUAAUGACAACAGUGUUGACCUGGAUCCCAGAUCCUUGUCGUCGCGCCGCCAAGGUUACUGUCGGGUGCCGUCACUGGGCGAACUUCACAUCACCAUUACCGUCCAAUAUAACGCAGGCACAGUCCUUGUCUUCUACGUCGUCCACGCGGGCGAGGAACCGCGCUUGGAGGAUUACGCCCAAGCUGUUUUUUGCACGACGGCCGCCGCGCCCUCGCUUGUUGGCGUAUAUCGCUUUGGUGUCACGGCGGUGAACUCCGCAACAGCACUGGCCAUCCAUGAAAUUCAUAGUGUCAUCAUGACCCCCUUGUCCGACGUGGCCCACCAUAAAGAGGAGGAAAAUCGGGCUGCCCAGUUCCGCUUGUUUGACGAGGAGGCAGGUGCAACGGAUAAAGAACUCUUGGAUGGUUGA